AUGGCGGACCUGUCGCUGCUGCAGGAGGACCUGCCGGAGGACGCGGACGGAUUUGGUGUGGAUGACUGCAGCUCAGAGUCUGAUGUGAUUGUUGUACCUUCAGCCCUGGACUUUGUCUCACAAGAUGACAUGCUGACGCCGCUGGGGAGACUGGACAAGUAUGCUGCGAGUGAGAACGUAUUUAACAGACAGAUGGUGGCCCGGAGUCUGCUGGACACGCUGAGGGAAGUGUGCGAUGAUGAGAGAGAGUGCAUUGCUGUUCUGGAAAGAAUCAGCAGAUUAGCUGAUGAUUCAGAACCGACCGUGAGGGCAGAGCUGAUGGAGCAGGUGCCUCACAUUGCCUUGUUCUGCCAAGAAAACCGGCCAGCAAUCCCAUACGCCUUUUCAAAGUAUUUGCUGCCCAUUGUGGUUCGAUAUCUCGCAGAUCAGAAUAACCAGGUAAGAAAAACGAGCCAGGCAGCUUUGCUGGCCCUGCUGGAGCAGGAGCUGAUCGAGCGCUUCGAUGUGGAGACCAAGGUGUGCCCCGUCCUUGUGGAGCUGACAGCCCCCGACAGCAACGACGACGUGAAGACGGAGGCCGUGGCCAUAAUGUGCAAAAUGGCCCCCAUGGUUGGCAAGGACAUCACAGAACGUUUGAUCCUCCCUCGGUUUUGUGAGAUGUGCUGUGACUGCAGAAUGUUUCAUGUUCGAAAGGUCUGUGCCGCCAAUUUUGGAGAUAUUUGCAGCGUCGUCGGCCAGCAAGCUACUGAGGAGAUGUUGCUGCCCAGGUUUUUCCAACUCUGCUCGGACAAUGUGUGGGGCGUCCGCAAGGCCUGCGCGGAGUGCUUCAUGGCUGUUUCAUGUGCCACGUGUCAAGAGAUUCGACGGACUAAACUGUCAGCACUCUUUAUUAAUUUGAUCAGUGAUCCUUCACGUUGGGUUCGACAAGCAGCUUUCCAGUCUCUGGGACCUUUCAUAUCUACGUUCGCUAAUCCAUCUAGCUCGGGCCAGUAUUUUAAAGAAGAAAACAAAAGCUCAGAAGAUACAGCAGUAGAAGACAAAAAUAGGAAUUAUCUUGAUACUUUCACUCUCUUUCCCAAACGAAGCAAUGAAAGGACCAGGGGUGAAGACGCUCCAGAGGACGUAGAGAGCAGGCCCACUGUGGGUGAUUGCAGCGUCCACCUGGAAGACUCGCUGGCAGACGGCGCAGAGAGCCCAAGGCAGCUGCCGGAUGAACUGAGCGCUCCCGCGGAGAGCUCCUCACCUCGCCGGUCGUCCCCGGAGCCUCCCCCAUUGUCCCCGGAGCCUCCCCCAGACGCGGCUGGCAACGAAGAGGAGCAGGAGCCCUGCGCUUGCAGGUUAGCGUCCCGGCCGGAGGCGGGCACUGGUGCACAGGACUCAGCUCCCCUGGACCAGGAGCUGUACAACUCCUUCCACUUCUGGAGGACUCCUCUCCCCGAGAUAGACCUGGACGUGGAGCUGGAGCAGGGCUCUGGGAGUGAGCCCGGCCCACAGAGGCUGGACGUGGAGCCCGAAGUGCCCGCCUCCAGCUCUACCAGCAUCACCAUGGCCACCAGGAAGGAGCUGGAGGAGAUGAUAGAAAACCUGGAGCCGCACAUUGAUGACCCUGACGUGAAAGCGCAGGUGGACGUCUUGGCUGCUGCCCUGCGUGCCUCCAGCCUGGAUGCCGGCGACGAGACUGGCGAGGCCACCCGGAGGACCCCCCAGGAUGAGCUCCCCAGCUGCCGGCUCGACCAUGACGCCGCUGGGCCUUUGAUCAGUGAGGAGGUGAGGACCGUGGACUCUGCCCUCCACUACAUUCACAAUGACUCAGACUCGGGCACCAGCAGUGGUUUCAGCCCUGAUGAGGAAAGGAGAGCUAAAGUCCAGGACGUGGUGCCCCAGGCCCUGCUUGACCAGUACCUGUCCAUGACCGACCCCUCACGGGCACAGACCGUGGACACCGAGAUCGCCAAGCACUGUGCCUACAGCCUGCCGGGCGUGGCACUGACACUCGGCCGCCAGAACUGGCACUGCCUGCGCGAGACCUACGAGACGCUGGCCUCGGACAUGCAGUGGAAGGUUCGAAGAACGUUAGCUUUCUCCAUCCAUGAGCUUGCAGUCAUCCUGGGAGACCAGCUCACAGCUGCAGACCUGGUCCCAAUUUUUAAUGGAUUUUUAAAAGACCUCGAUGAAGUCAGGAUAGGUGUCCUGAAGCACUUGCACGACUUUCUGAAGCUUCUGCACAUCGACAAAAGAAGAGAGUAUCUGUAUCAGCUUCAGGAGUUCUUGGUGACUGACAACAGUAGAAACUGGCGCUUCCGAGCCGAGCUGGCCGAACAGCUCAUCUUGCUCCUAGAGCUGUACAGCCCCCGGGACGUGUACGACUACCUGCGCCCCAUCGCCCUGAACCUCUGUGCAGACAAGGUGUCCUCUGUGCGCUGGAUCUCCUACAAGCUGGUCAGCGAGAUGGUGCGCAAGCUGCAUCAGGCAGCGCCGCCCACCUUCGGGGCAGACCUCAUCCAGGAGCUGGUGGAGAGCUUCGGCCGCUGCCCGCGGUGGUCCGGGCGGCAGGCCUUCGUCUUUGUCUGCCAGACCGUCAUCGAGGAUGACUGCCUGCCCAUGGACCAGUUCGCCGUGCACCUGAUGCCCCACCUUCUCACCUUGGCAAACGACAGGGUUCCCAACGUGCGCGUGCUGCUCGCGAAGACACUGAGACAGACUCUGCUGGAGAAAGAGUACUUCCUGACCUCCGCGAGCUGCCACCAGGAGGCCGUAGAGCAGACCAUCAUGGCUUUGCAGAUGGACCGCGACAGUGACGUCAAGUACUUCGCCAGCACCCACCCGGCCAGCACCAGGAUCUCUGAAGACGCCCUGAGCACAGCCUCCUCCACCUACUAG